CCAGAGUCUCAUAUGGGGCGUACGUUUCGGGCCCGCCCCUCGUAAUCGUCGCAAUGGCCCAAGCAUAGGAGGUCAGACCAACAUCGCCACAGUCCAGGGAAGCACCAACAAUGUGGACAACUUGAAGACGUUGCGCGACUGUCAGCCCCGACCUCAACCUGCGCAGGCAGGCCCGGACGGGGGCGACAAAGGGUUCUCGCUCGAAUAUACCCCAGCAUCGGAGCUGCUGAUGUCCACGAAAGGAGGCAGAGUACAAAGGAAUGCCACUGCAAGUUUUGCGCGGGAUCUACUACAGGUGAAUGUCCAUAAACCGCCAACCGUACCAGGCGAGGGUGUCUUGCGGUUAGAGGAAAUGCGACCUACGCCACCCUCAACGGAGCCGAUACUUGGCCGUAACCUCAAGGAUGAGAGACCACGACAAGACAACAAGCAAGACAACAAGCCUAGGAACCAUAGGAACCCUCCCCGUUCCUCACACACACCCUCUGUAGGUCGUCCGUCUCAACCUCCUGGAGGCCCAGCACGUCCCAAGCCACGACACUCGGGCGAUUCCGUCGUCGCCCAGAACACGCACCACAAACCUCGCCCGACUAUCAUCGCGCUCCGGAGUGCCGACCUGCGGUACCUACUUUCGUUGCGCCUCCCUCCCAUAUCGGCGCCACAACGAGGCCCGCUCCCGCCGAUCAGCAGCUUAACCGGGGUGUUCAAGUACUGCCCUCGACGAAGCCCGCUACCGCCGCCUUUGCCACGGGCAUUGCAUGUUUCCGCCGCGAUCGAUGCCGGUGGUGAGACGAUUGACAAGCCGAUUCCUGAGUCACCUGCACAUGAGGAGUCUCGAGUUGAGGGCCCGGAUCGAAUCUCGACUUCUCAGGCCGAGCACCCGCAGGCUCCCCAACUACCUCCUCGCCCCGUCCUAUCUCAAGCACCGCAUGCCUCAACCGAGCACGCUGAUGACCAUGUUCAAGUCGCUCGAUCUGCAGUCCCACCUGAUCUCCCGAUUCUCCGCACUACAUACCAUUCUCGGGACCUCGCAGCUCUGUCGCUCGCGACGCCCACAGAACACCUGGAGCACAGGUGGCACGCACAAAGGGCCCAGAGAUCUCGCACGAGUGUCCGAUGGCAUCCGUACCACACCCCAAGACUUGGACGCCGUCCGACCAAGGUGCACUUCCCAAGGGAUCAGUGACCUUCAUCUAUACCAGCUAGACUUGAGCUUGCGGCAGGCAGCUUAAGUAUGGACCUUA